GUGGCCGGUCGCACGGCAGCACUGGGAGGAAUACAAAAGACCGCCCCCAAAAUGGCCGCCGCACGAGGAAGGCACACGAGGAAAACACUCGGCGGGGGAAGGGGCUCGUGCACCCGCCCGCCGAGCCGACACGCUAACUGGAGUGAGGGAGGAGGAGAGAAGCGUGUACACCGCCGCGGUCGCGAGGAAAUCGCGGCCGCGGCACAGCAGGUCGG